GAUGAAGAGGUUUUUGGAAUGAAGGAUGAAGAGGGGGAGAUCACUGUCACAUUAGAGGAGGACGAAGAAGAGAAGACUGGAGAUCUGAUUAACACCAGUAAAUACAGAGAUAUACUUGACUAUCGUGGAUCCUCUGGGGAGCCUCAACAACCUUGUGAUGCUGAAGAGGCAGAGAAUAGUCUCUCCAGAUCAGAACACCUCAAGAAACACUUGCAGAGAUCCACAGGGAGGAGAACUCACUGCUGCUCUGACUGUGGGAAGAGAUUCACCUCAUCAGGCAUUAAAAUUCAUCAGAGAACACACACAGGAGAGAAACCUUAUAGCUGUGGUGAAUGUGAGAAGAGUUUUUCUGCCUCUAGCACUCUGACUGUACACCAGAGAACACACACAGGAGAGAAACCUUUUAGCUGUGGUCAAUGUAGGAAGAGUUUUACUACAUCCAGCACUCUGACUGAACACCAGAGAAUACACACAGGAGAGAAACCUUAUAGCUGUGGUCAAUGUGGGAAGUGUUUUACUUCAUCUGGCUCUCUGACUCAACACCAGAGAACACACACAGGACAUAAACCUUAUAGCUGUGGUGAAUGUGGGAAGAGUUUUGGUGGAUCUGGAGAGCUGACAGUGCACCAGAGAACACACACAGGAGAGAAACCUUAUAGCUGUGGUCAAUGUGGGAAGAGUUUUACUACAUCUGGCCAUCUGAUUCGACACCAGAGAAUACACACAGGAGAGAAACCUUAUAUCUGUGGUGAAUGUGGGAAGAGUUUCACUACAUCUAGCACUCUGACUGUACACCAUAGAACACACACAGGAGAGAAACCUUUUAGCUGUGGUCAAUGUAGGAAGAGUUUUUCUUCAUCUAGCUCUCUGACUGAACACCAGAGAAUACACACAGGAGAGAAACCUUAUAGCUGUGGUCAAUGUGGGAAGUGUUUUACUACAUGUGGCUCUCUGACUCAACACCAGAGAAUACACACAGGAGAGAAACCUUAUAGCUGUAAUCAAUGUGGGAAGGGUUUUAUUCGAUCUGUCCACCUGACUCAACACCAGAGAACACACACAGGAGAGAAACCGUAUAGCUGUAAUCAAUGUGGGAAGGGUUUUGGUCAAUCUGGAGAGCUGACAGUGCACCAGAGAAAACACACAGGAGAGAAACCUUAUAGCUGUGGUCAAUGUGGGAAGAGAUUUGCUUCAUCUGGCUCUCUGACUCUUCACCAGAGAACACACAGGAGAGAAAGCUCAUAGCUGUGACCAGAGAUAAUCUGAUAAAUUAUCUCUGAUCAAAUAUUAGAAAAUACAUACAUGAAGUAGUUGUUUCAUGAUUUCAACGAAUUAAUGUCACAAUGUAGAAUGUUUUAACAUUGUUUUAGGUUUAUUUUAAUAGUGUCACAAUGUAGAAUCCUAAACAUUUGUCCCCUGUUCUAUUGAUUUCAACAAAAUUUGGAUAUUAGCCUCAGGGGAAAAACUACACAGGCUCUGAUAUGUUUGUUUUCUUAAGGGGGAAGGUGUUCCAAGCUUUGGUUUUUCCAUUUAUGUUUUGAGGUUGGACUUUAGCACGUCUUGCUCGUUAGCAAGUAGGACGCACUGAUUGGUGUCACCUCGUUAGUCAGUAUGUGUUACACCUGUGCUGGCUUGUCCAUCUCAUUAGUGGGAAGGUGUUUCACCUGAGCUGGUCCAUGUUCUAUUUAAGUGUCUGGCCCAGUGCUCCAGUUGUCUUGAUAGAUGUGACAAAUUAACACCUUUAGUUGCACUACUGUUUUGG